AUGUGGCAGAGAAUUGCAUGUUUUCUAAUAUUUCUGAAAGUUUUCGAAUGCUACCAAAAGGCUACGCCAACAGAGGUGAGUUUUCCUCUUGAAAAAAAUCUUCUGAAAAUUAUCUUUUCUAGCUGCAAAAUUAUUUGAAUUUAUUCAAAUUACGGGAUAUAUUCAUUUCUACCAGUGUGAAUCAAAAGUCAAAAGGCAUAUUUUUUGAAGCUAAAGAUGGUCAACAUAAUCUUCAAAUUAGUGUUGAUGAAUGUUUGGUGAGAUUUUCCCUUCAAAUUCCAAAAAAACAAAUUUUAUUUUUUUCAGCUAACAAUGAUGUUCCCAGAGAAAAACUCAUGGCACAAAAGGAUAGGUGUAUUUUUAGGAGAAAAAUGUGAAACAGACUUGAUGAUUUGCUUAAAUGAGAAUAGUUUAUUAGUUUUUGAUGGAUGUCAUCAAAUAUUCUCUGAUCAAUUGCAUGAAUUAGAGUUCUCGUAAGUUCAUCAAAAUCAUUUUUUCAAAACUUAUUAGUUUUUCUUUAGAUUCGGAAAUCCAGAAAUGAAAUUGUUACCAAACUGGAAAAUUCAACCAAAGACAUUUGAGAUUGGUUCAGGGUUUCCAAUUAGCCAGAAAUGUAAAAUUAUUGUUAGCAAUCCGAAAAAUUACACUGUGGAAAGUGUUGAAUCAUUAUAUAAAUCGGUUAGUUUCGAGGAAAAUCAGAAAUCAUUUUUUAAAUUUCAACAUUGUAACAUUUCAGAGAUCGCACCCAGUUCUCCAUUCAACUGUAUUCUCUGAAAAUGUUCUAGAACCACCAGAUGAUUUUGAUGGAUGUAUGGUAAGACCUCAAAACUUCCGAUUCAUUUUUGUAAUCACUCUCACAUCUCCCUUUUCAGAUCAAUAAUGAGUUGGUGAAAAUCGGGGAAAACAAUAUGGUAAAUUGUCAGAAAUGCACUUGCAUGGCCAGGUAGAAAAAAUGGAAAAAGAAAAAAUGUCUCUUUAAUUUUUUGCAGAGAUGAAGUGUUUUGUCAAGUUCAAGAAUGUCCGCAUGUGAAAUGUGAACAUCCAGUAAUUCGAGAUGGAGAAUGUUGUGCGACUUGUGGAAAACAGGUAUUUUUUUGAAAACCUUGUGAAAAAGUAGCAAGUAAAAUUCUUUGAUUUAGUGCAACUUUGAACAACGAUUAACCAAACAUGCACACGGUGAAAUAUUUUGGCCAGAAGAUUGUUAUCGAUGCGAAUGUUGGGAUGGUGAAGUGAAUUGUGAGAAAAAGUGAGUAAUUUUUUUUCAUUCAAUAAAACAUUUAUAUAUAUUUCAUUUUUUUUCAGAAACAUAACAUGUCAAACACCUUUAUGCCCAGCUAAAGAUUGGGUUAUUGAAAAUGACUAUCAAUGUUGUCCAAAAUGUAAAGAUGACGCGAAUUUUUGCGAAACUUCGCCAUGUCAUAAAUAUGCUGAUUGUUACAAUGAAAAACGUGGAGCAAAAUGUAUUUGCAAAGAGGUUCAUUGAAACACUAAAAAUCUUUUUAUUCCUUGAAUUAUUCUAUCGUUUUUAGGGAUUCCACGGAAAUGGCACGUUUUGUUUGGAUAUUGAUGAAUGUAAAUUUUCACAAGAUGCGAGAGCACAGGUAGAGAAAUUUAUGCGCAUAUAAAUAAAAAGAAAAUCACGAGAAAAAAAAACAAGACAUUUUUCAGCUUGGUGGAUGUAUGGAUGGAACGAGAUGUAAAAAUACAUUGGGAAGUUUCGAAUGCCCAUGCCUUCCAGGAUAUCAACGUUUGACUGAACAGAUGUGUAUGCCACUAUUGCGUGUUUAA